AUGUCCGUUCGCUGCCAGGAGAGUCCGGUGCUGGCAGGCAGCGCCACUUUGGCUGUCCUGGGGGCACUGGUUCUGUGCCUCGCGGAGCCCGCCGGCUACGGGAAGUACACGGAGAGCCGGAUGCCCGUGGCUACCCGCCUGUCCGCCCGCGCCGCCUGGUUCCUGCAGGAGCUGCCCUCCUUCGCGGUGCCCGCGGGGAUCCUCGCCGGGCAGCCCCGCUCUCUCUUCGGCCAGCCUGCGACUGUGCUUCUGGGCCUCUUCUGCGCACAUUACUUCCACAGGACAUUUGUUUACUCACUGCUCACUAGAGGGAGGCCGUUUCCAGUUGUAUUCCUUUUCAGAGGCUUUGUCUUCUGCAUGGGAAAUGGACUCCUCCAAGGCUACUAUCUGGUUUACUGUGCUGAAUACCCUGCUGAGUGGUACACAGACAUACGGUUUAGCUUGGGUGUCUUCUUAUUUAUUUUGGGAAUGGGAAUCAACAUUCAUAGUGACUAUAUAUUGCGCCAGCUCAGGAAGCCUGGAGAAAUCAUCUAUAGGAUUCCACAAGGUGGCUUGUUCACGUACGUUUCUGGAGCCAAUUUCCUUGGCGAGAUCAUUGAAUGGAUCGGCUAUGCCCUGGCCACUUGGUCCCUCCCAGCACUUGCAUUUGCAUUUUUCUCACUUUGUUUCCUUGGGCUGCGAGCUUUUCACCACCAUAGAUUCUACCUCAAGAUGUUUGAGGACUACCCCAAGUCUCGGAAAGCCCUCAUUCCAGUCAUCUUUUAAAGAAACCAAAUAAAAAGGGAACAAAGCUCCCACAAUCCUUUUGAAAACCAUCAAGCUGCUGAACCU